AAUCAGUUUCGGCACCGUUUGGAUUGUUUUUCUAGCUUUAUUAUUUUCGAAUUUUCACAUUUUUUUUAAUCUAAAUUAUAAGCCACCCAGAAUGUAUUCAUCGUUGGCAGCUGUCAGGGCCAAAGUUGCGGGACUUAACCUGGCUUUCGGAUCAAGAGUGCUGGGAUUCGGGAGGGUCAUGCAGAUGUCUGACCACACUGGGCUGGUGAACCAAAGGAUUAGGAUGCAGAGGAGCCAGUCUGAGGAGACAACGACCCAGUCCCAGGAGAUCAGUCGCCAGGCCCGGUACGAUGAGAAAUACUACAGGCCUGUCUGCUACCGUGAGCGUGUCUAUGAACGGACUUGGCCCGAGUACGAGGUAGAGAAAGAGUACGAAGAGCCAACAAAGCCUGACACAGAUCCUCGCAACAUCGAAGAGCUUGAGGAGCUCGAUCGCUGGAACGAGGUGGCCUCUCGCAACAGGGAGGAGCUGCGGCGGCCAAAAGGCACCAAGCGACACAACAGCCAGAGCCGCAGAGACGAAUGGGCUGAGUUUCGCAAAAGGAGCCGCUAGGCAAGGACUCGCCCAAGUAGCUGCCACCGUUAACGAGCUUUAGCAAUCCAUUAAAAUCCAAACAAAUAAACUAAAUUACAAAUACCUUUA